AUGACCCCUCACGACCCUCUAACCUUCCAGCUGCACCUCUUCCUUGCAGUCCAGGCAACUGUGGCCGUUCUUCUCGCAUGGCUAAUCGGCAAAAUAAUAUACAACCUCUACUUUCAUCCACUGCGCAAUUAUCCCGGCCCGUUUCUUGCGCGGGCUACCAGCUUGUAUAGCACUUUCUUCGACUAUCGUGGAGAUCUGCACACCAAAUCAAAAGAAUUGCACGAUGCAUACGGCGAAGUUGUGCGCACUGCACCUAACAGUCUGUCGUACAACUCGGCUCAGGCGUGGGAGGAGAUUUGCGGCCAUCGAAAAGCCAGCCACCAAGAGCUUUUUGAUAAAGACCAAGAAUUCUUCGGUGAACAACCUAAUUCAAAGCCAAAUAUCGUCGCUGCUGUAGGCGAAGAGCAUCGCCGUCUCAGACGUCUUCUAGCACACGCCUUCUCUGACAAGGCGUUACGGGAGCAGGAGUCCUGCAUCCAGGGUUACGUCGACCUAUUCAUAUCGCAGCUGCGGAAACGCGCGACUGAGGGCGACGGUGUCGUCGAUAUGGUGAAUUGGUUCAAUUUCAUGACCUUUGACGUCAUUGGCGACCUGGCCUUUGGAGAGAGCUUUGCGCUGCUCGAAGAUGGGAUUUGUAAGAGAUAUCUUACCUCACUACUUGGACUGCUCGAAUGGGGCGCCUUCAACCGGAAUGUAAAACGGAUCCUGCCAGAAUCGUGCAAGGGUUUAGCUACUUAUAUGGUACCGAAAAAUCACUCGGAGGAUCGGAUGUAUCAGUAUUAUUUAUCUAAGGAUAAGCUGUCGCGUCGAAUCGCUCUUGAUACUGACAGACGAGAUUUUGUACACCAUAUGCUCAAAGGCUCGCAGGAAGCCAUCGGCCCUGGUGGACUCACCUUUGAGGAAAUGACCUCACAGGGAACGCUCCUCCUAGUCGCCGGCAGCGAAACAACUGCCACCUUACUGUCCGGCAUGCUAUACUACCUGUUAAAACACCCCUCCGCAAUGACACGCUUGACGACCGAAAUCCGCUCGUCAUUCACCAGCUCGACAGAAAUCCAUGUCCAAAACGUCACUCCACUCCCUUAUCUUCACGCCGUGAUCGAAGAGUCCCUGCGUAUGUACCCUCCCGUGCCAAAUGUCCUGCCCCGUAAAGCCCCAGCGCCUGGCGUGGUUGUCUGCGGGCAGUUUGUUCCUCCCGGGACUUCGCUCGGAAUGCAUCACUGGUCGUGCUACCACUCUUCGAAGAACUUCUUCGCCCCCGAUGAGUUUCAUCCCGAGCGCUGGAUUCCAGGCAAAGACGAGCGAUUCGCGAAUGAUAAUAAGAACGCAUUUCAUCCGUUUUCCUAUGGACCGAGGAAUUGUCUUGGCAAAAACCUGGCGUAUGCCGAGCUGAGGUUGACAGUGAGCAAGUUCUUUUGGAACUUUGACGUCGAGUUGCAGCAGAAGCCUGGGAGCAAGGAAUGGUUGCAGCAACGCAGCAACACUCUUUGGAUGAAGAAUGCGUUGAAUGUGAAGUUAUUUCCGAGGGAUGUCGUUUGA